AUGUCUUUUAGCUUAAAGUUUUUCAAAUUUACCAUCACUAUGAAAUAUAAUAAAAUAACACCCGAAAUAUUUUUUUUAAAAGCCUAUAUAGUUGAAGGCUACAAAGUGGGCGAGAUCCUAAACGAGGGCAAGACCAAGAUAGUCUACGAUCACCCGAGCUACCGAAAACACUGUGUACUCUGGAGCAAGGAUCGCAUUACAGCUGGGAAUGGGGUCAAGGCCCACGAUAUCGAGGGCAAGGGCGAGAUCUCCAAUACCACCAACGGCCAGGUGUUCCAACUUCUCAAGACGGCAGGUAUUUCUACCCACUAUGUUGAGUCGUAUGGAUCGAAGGCCUUCAUCGCCCUCAAGUGCCAAAUGCUACCCAUUGAGUGGGUAAUUCGACGCCUCGCCUUCGGAUCUUUCCUUAGACGGAACGUGGGCGUGCCGGAGGGCUAUAGAUUCUCUCCUCCGAAACAGGAGACCUUCUUCAAGGAUGAUGCCAACCAUGAUCCCCAGUGGAGCGAGGAGCAGAUCGUGUCCGCCAAGUUCGAGCUCAAUGGCCUGGUGAUCGGUCAAGAUGAAAUCGACAUAAUGCGUAGAACCGCCCUGGUGGUCUUUGAAAUCCUAGAGAGGGCAUGGCAGACUAAGAACUGCACCCUGGUGGACAUGAAAGUGGAGUUCGGUAUCGAUGUCGAUGGCAACAUAGUCCUGGCCGAUAUCAUUGACUCUGAUUGCUGGCGCUUGUGGCCUUCGGGGGACAAACGUCUGAUGGUGGAUAAGGAGACCUAUCACGUUCUGACGGACGUAACUGCCAGCGAUCUGGACACCGUGAAGCAGAACUUCACUUGGGUGUCAAAGCAAUUGGACGACAUUAUUCCCCAAAAGGAUCAUCUCGUUGUGGUCCUGAUGGGCAGUGCCUCCGACACAAGGCACAGCGAAAAGAUCGCAACCAGCUGCCGCUCCCUGGGCCUAAACGUCGUGCUCCGAGUGACCUCCGCCCACAAGGGAUCCGAGGAGACGCUGCGCAUCGUCCGGAAAUACGAGUCCGUGAUCCAGAACCUCAUAUUCGUGGUCGUGGAGGGGCGUUCGAAUGGUCUGGGUGCCGUCGUGUCGGGCAGCACCAACUAUCCGGUCAUCAACUGUCCGCCCGUGGAGUCCAACAGCAGCCUGAAUUUUCCUUCGGAACUGGGCUGCAUCCUGAAUCCUGAGGCGGCGGCCCGGCAUGCUGCCACCAUCCUGGGUCUUGGGAGCUUCAUGGUCUGGUCCAAGCUGAGGGCCAAGGACCUCAACAGCUUCAUCACCCUGAAGAAGGCCGACAAGAAGCUAUUGAAAGAAGGUUCUAGCGACUGGAUCUAGCAGUAAAAUGGCUAGAUGGGCUGCCUCUCCUAGAGAUGGUGAUUAGUACUUUAAAAUUUAAGUUAUCGAUAUGUCUGUAUUUUCAAAUUUACCAUCUCUAUGGUAAAUGUAUUUACUAAAACUGAAUUGGUUUGUGAAAUGGCUAAUUAGAUUACCGCCAAAUUUGAAAAUGAAACGUAGAAAGGUUUCCAAGUCAUUUAAAAAAGU